GCUUUUUAUGGAGGUUGUAAACGAUAAUAAAAAGUCCAAACCUGUCACGAUCAUAUGUAUUCAAGAAUAUUUCAAGGAUAGCAAUUCAUCAUGGAGAUUUACUCCGGUAAUUGAUAAUGAUAAAGGCAAUUUAAGAUUCAAAUGA